AUGGCUCAGAACUACGAUGUCGGUACGAGGGCGUGGCAGCCCGAUGUCACCGAGGGCUGGGUGGCCUCAGAGGUUGCCAGCAAGACCAUUGAUGGUCCCAAAGCGAAGCUUGUCUUCCAGCUCGAUAAUGGCGAGACAAAAGAAAUCGAAGUCUCCGUCGAAGCCCUGCAGAACGGCGAUUCAUCUUUACCCCCCUUGAUGAACCCGACCAUGCUCGAAGCAAGUGAUGACUUGACAAAUCUGUCCCAUCUCAACGAACCUGCCGUCCUCCAGGCAAUUCGUCUUCGAUACGCUCAGAAAGAGAUCUACACGUACAGUGGCAUUGUUCUGAUAGCAACAAACCCGUUUGCCAGGGUGGAUUCGCUUUAUGUUCCGGGAAUGGUUCAGGUUUAUGCUGGCAAACAGAGGGCGACGCAGGCACCCCAUUUGUUCGCCAUUGCCGAAGAGGCUUUCAUGGACAUGCUGAGAAGCUCCAAAAACCAGACCAUCGUAGUUUCGGGUGAGUCUGGUGCUGGUAAAACUGUCAGCGCCAAGUACAUCAUGCGGUACUUUGCCACGAGGGAGGCCCCCGACAACCCUGGCGCCCGGUCCAAGAAGGGCGCCGAGGCGAUGAGCGAAACAGAGGAGCAAAUUCUUGCCACGAACCCCAUCAUGGAGGCAUUUGGAAACGCGAAAACGACAAGAAAUGACAACUCAUCUCGAUUUGGCAAAUACAUCGAGAUCAUGUUUGAUGACAAGACGAAUAUCAUUGGCGCCAAGAUCCGUACAUAUCUGCUUGAAAGGUCAAGGCUCGUUUUCCAGCCUCUUAAGGAAAGAAAUUACCACAUUUUCUACCAGCUCGUCGCCGGCGCUUCCGACAGGGAGCGCGAAGAGCUCAACAUUCUUCCGAUUGAGCAGUUCGACUACCUGAACCAGGGUAACUGCCCGACUAUUGAUGGAGUCGACGACAAGGCCGAAUUCGAAGCGACCAAAAGCUCCCUGAAAACCAUCGGCGUUACGGACGCGCAACAGUCGGAAAUCUUCAAGCUACUUGCCGGCCUGCUACAUCUUGGCAACGUUAAGAUUGGCGCAUCGCGUAACGACAGCGUGUUGGCCCCGAGUGAGCCGUCUCUCGAUCGAGCCUGCAGUAUAUUGGGAGUCAACGGGGAGCAGUUCGCCCGAUGGAUCGUGAAAAAACAGUUGGUGACGCGAGGGGAGAAGAUCACUUCAAACCUGACCCAAGCCCAAGCAAUUGUCGUUCGCGACUCCGUCGCCAAAUUCAUCUAUUCAAGUCUUUUUGACUGGCUUGUUGAGAUUGUCAACAUGGGUCUGGCAACUGACGAGGUUCUGAGUCGUGUAACUUCUUUCAUCGGUGUGCUUGAUAUCUACGGCUUCGAGCACUUCGCAAAGAACUCUUUCGAGCAAUUUUGUAUCAACUAUGCCAACGAAAAGCUGCAGCAAGAGUUCAACCAGCAUGUCUUCAAGCUAGAGCAAGAAGAAUACUUGAGGGAGGAAAUCGACUGGACUUUCAUCGACUUUUCGGACAAUCAACCCUGCAUCGACCUCAUUGAGGGCAAGAUGGGUGUUCUGGGUCUUUUGGACGAAGAAUCCCGUCUCCCUAUGGGCUCUGACGAGCAGUUUGUCACCAAACUCCAUCACCAUUACGCUGCCGACAAGCACCAGUUUUACAAGAAGCCGCGCUUCGGCAAGUCAGCAUUCACCAUCUGCCACUAUGCCGUAGACGUCACGUAUGAGUCUGAAGGCUUCAUUGAGAAGAACCGGGAUACAGUUCCUGACGAACAUAUGGAGGUCCUCCGGGCUACGUCCAACCAAUUCCUCCGCCAGGUUCUUGAUGCUGCUUCUGCUGUCCGCGAAAAGGACGUAGCUUCUGCCUCCUCCAACGCCGUAAAGCCUGCUGCCGGGCGGAAGAUUGGCGUGGCCGUCAACAGGAAACCGACGUUGGGUGGAAUUUUCCGCUCGUCACUGAUCGAGCUCAUGAAUACCAUUAACAACACCGACGUCCACUACAUCCGCUGUAUCAAGCCGAACGAAGCAAAGGAAUCAUGGAAGUUUGAGGGGCCAAUGGUCCUCAGCCAGCUCCGAGCGUGUGGUGUCCUGGAAACCGUUCGCAUUAGUUGCGCAGGCUAUCCGACACGUUGGACGUACGAGGAGUUUGCGCUGCGUUACUACAUGCUCGUGCAUUCUGAUCAAUGGACGUCGGAAAUCCGGGACAUGGCCAACGCCAUCCUGACCAAGGCACUCGGCACGAGCUCGGGCAAGGGUAUGGACAAGUACCAGCUUGGCCUGACUAAAAUUUUCUUCCGCGCCGGCAUGCUUGCCUUCCUCGAGAACCUCCGGACAAGUCGAUUGAAUGACUGCGCCAUCCUGAUCCAGAAGAACUUGCGGGCCAAGUUUUACCGCCAACGCUAUCUGGAAGCUCGCAGCGCCAUCAUUGUGUUCCAGUCGGCCACCCGGGCCUACUUGGCCCGCAAGACUGCGCAACAACUGCGUACGAUCAAGGCCGCAACGACGAUUCAACGGGUGUGGCGGGGCCAGAAACAGAGAAAGCAGUUCCUCCGCAUUAGAAACCAUGUGGUUCUUGCCCAGGCAGCGGCCAAGGGCUACCUGCGCCGCCGCGAAAUCAUGGAGACACGAGUCGGGAACGCAGCCGUCCUCAUUCAACGCGUGUGGCGAUCGCGACGCCAGCUGCGAUCUUGGCGGCAGUACCGCAAGAAGGUUACGCUUAUUCAGAGCCUUUGGCGUGGUAAGCUGGCCAGGCACGAGUAUAAGAAGAUUCGUGAGGAGGCUCGCGACCUCAAGCAAAUUUCCUACAAGCUUGAGAACAAGGUGGUCGAGCUGACCCAGUCCUUGGGCUCCAUGAAGGCACAAAACAAGACUCUUGUGUCACAAGUGGAGAAUUAUGAGGGGCAGAUCAAAGCUUGGAAGAACCGACACAACGCUCUAGAGACACGCACCAAAGAGCUCCAGACUGAGGCCAACCAGGCCGGUAUCGCAGUUGCUCGUCUCCAGGCGAUGGAGGAUGAGAUGAAGAAGCUGCAACAAAGUUUCGAAGAGUCAACAGCCAACAUCAAGCGUAUGCAGGAAGAGGAGAGGGAGCUCAGGGAGUCUCUGCGUACGACCAACACGGAGCUGGAAAGCGUGCGGCAGCAAAGCGUACAGAUUGACGAGGAGAAGUCGUCACUUCGCCAGCAACUAUCAGAGCUACAAGAUCAACUGGAGCUUGCUAGGAGGAUGGCGCCCGCUAACGGUGAAGUGAGCAACGGUACGGCACCUGCUCUCCCCGCUGCCAACGGCUUGAUCAACCUCGUGUCCUCCAAGAAGCCAAAGCGCAGGAGUGCAGGUGCUGAGCCUCGCGAGCUGGACCGCUUUAGUGCCGCAUACAACCCGCGUCCUGUUUCAAUGGCGGUUACGAGCAUUGCACACCGACAAAAUGCCGGCGGUGCAGGCUUCAUGCCUGGUGUCGAGAACAUCGAAAUGGAGCUCGAAACUCUUCUGGCUGAUGAGGAUGGCCUUAACGAAGAGGUUACGAUGGGAUUGAUCCGCAACCUCAAGAUACCGUCACCGAACACCAACCCACCCCCUUCUGACAAGGAGGUCCUUUUCCCGUCGUACCUCAUCAACCUAGUCACCUCAGAGAUGUGGAACAACGGCUUUGUGAAGGAGUCGGAACGCUUCUUGGCCAAUGUCAUGCAGUCGAUCCAGCAGGAGGUGAUGCAGCACGAUGGCGAUGAGGCGAUCAACCCAGGCGCCUUCUGGCUCUCAAACGUGCACGAAAUGCUGUCUUUUGUCUUCCUGGCUGAAGACUGGUAUGAAGCACAGAAGUCGGACAAUUACGAGUAUGACCGCCUGCUUGAGAUCGUCAAGCAUGAUCUGGAGAGUCUGGAGUUCAACAUCUACCACACAUGGAUGAAGGUGCUCAAGAAGAAGUUGCACAAAAUGAUUAUUCCAGCCAUCAUCGAGUCACAGUCUUUGCCAGGAUUCGUGACCAACGAAAGCAGCCGCUUCCUCGGCAAGCUGCUCCAGUCGAACUCGACACCGGCGUACAGCAUGGACAAUCUUCUGAGCCUCCUCAACAAUGUCUUCAGGGCGAUGAAGGCUUACUACCUGGAGGACUCGAUCAUCACACAGACCAUUACUGAACUCCUUCGAUUAGUUGGCGUUACCGCGUUCAAUGACCUCCUUAUGCGGCGUAACUUUCUGUCAUGGAAGCGCGGUCUGCAGAUCAACUACAAUAUCACUCGGAUUGAGGAGUGGUGCAAGAGUCACGACAUGCCCGAAGGUACCCUUCAGCUGGAACAUCUCAUGCAAGCUACAAAACUCUUGCAACUCAAGAAGGCGACGUUGAACGACAUUGAGAUUAUUCAAGAUAUCUGCUGGAUGCUAUCCCCAAACCAGAUUCAGAAGCUGCUGAACCAAUACCUCGUUGCCGAUUAUGAACAACCUAUCAACGGCGAAAUCAUGAAAGCCGUUGCCUCUCGUGUGACUGAGAAGAGCGAUGUGCUGCUGCUUCAAGCUGUCGACAUGGAUGACAGCGGCCCAUAUGAAAUCGCGGAACCUAGGGCAAUCACAGCACUGGAGACCUAUACUCCUUCAUGGCUACAGACGCCUCGGCUGAAACGUCUCGCAGAGAUCGUGUCUGCACAGGCUAUCGCACAACAGGAGAAGCUCGAGUACGGGCCUGAUGACGAUGGCUUCGGCAACAAUGACGAUCUUGCCGAGGUGGAUGAGGAUGAACACGAAUUUGCGUCCAAGCGUCUUUCGGCUUGAGACAUGCGCACAACUACGACUCUUGACUUGGGGUUCGGUGAAGGUUACCAGCCCAGGUCUCAAUGAUGCGGCAACCAUCCUGCGGACAGGCCAGCAUUCGCCGUGCUUUGCAUCCUGUCAUUCGCCUGGAGGUCUGUGUUACGCUGUCGCCAUGUAUGCCGUGUAUUUGGGAUCAUCGUGUAUAAUUGACAACGUGUGGAUGAGGGAUCUAUGGGUGUCUCGUGCUAUCAAGGAUAUCACCGCUUUGUGUUCGGGACGAGGUGCCAUCACCAAUGCCUGUGGUCUGGCGUUAGAGAGCCUCUGCAGCGUCUUCGUUGUGGUCUCGAAUUAGAGAGUUUACUAUCGUCCACGUUACUUCUGCAUGAACCUGCCGGCCAGUAUUUUAACAACCUUCUCACAUCGUUUCCGGAACGCGCUCUGAAUGGUCUCUCCCGC